UCUGGCGAGCGCACGUGCCCUAUGGCAAAAAACUGUCAAAAAAAAAACUAUUAAAAAAAAUUUAAUAAGGUUUGCAGACUCAUGAGGAAAACCAAAGGGUGCAUGCCCAGACAGAGAUGCAGAGACACGAGAACAUCGGUGGCCGCUUCCUUGUGGUUUUGUGAGAAGGGGGCAGAAACCUUUUCCUGUGAGUCCCCUCAGACGUGGAGACUCCAGAAACCAGCGGGCACCUCGCUUCUCUCCGGCCUGGGUCCUGGGAUUGCGCUGGGGUGUUUAAACACGUGUUGUUUCAGGAGUCCGUGACCUUUGAGGAUGUGGCAGUCUACUUCUCUGAGAAUGAGUGGACUGGCCUGGCCCCCGCUCAGAGGACCCUGUACAGGGACGUGAUGCUGGAGAAUUACGGGGCCGUGGCUUCCCUGGCAUUUCCGUUUCCUAAGCCGGCCCUGAUUUCCCAGCUGGAGCGAGGCGAAGCACCCUGGCGCUUGACCCCCCAGGGGGCCCUGGAUGGACAGUGUCCAAGGGGCACAUCUUGUGCAGGAUACCCAUUUCUCACACCUGCAGAGAUCUCCCAUCUUGAGCAGGUGGAGGAGCCAUUGAACCUCAAAGUGCAAGGAGAGGGUCCAAGCCUAAUUUGUACUGAGGGUGUGUUGAAGAAGGAGAAAGAUUUUAUUCUGAAGGAGGACAUUUUUGAGAAGACACAGGACCACAUGGUACUAUCAAGUGGACUCCAGUGGUGUGGCGCCCAGGAAUUAUGGUUUGGAAAAACCUGCACAGAGGAGAAAUACAGGUUAGGGAGAUGGCCUGGAUAUUCCAGUGGGAAAAGUGUGGAGAGCACCACAGAAGAUAUUAUAGAAGUGAUUGUGAAGGACGACAUGAUCUCCAUGGAAGAGAGUUCGGAGGAUACUGAUGUCAGUAACCGUCUUGGUGUACGUCAGAAGAUUCUAAAUGAACAGGUAUUCUAUAUAUGCGAAGAAUGUGGCAAGUGUUUUGAUCAAAAUGAAGACUUUGCUCGGCAUCAGAGAACUCAUAAUGGAGAGAAGAUCUAUGGCUGUAAGGAAUGUGGGAAGGCUUUCGGUUUUAGAUCGCAUUGCAUUGCACAUCAAAGAAUUCACAGUCGAGAGAAACCUUACGAAUGUCAAGAAUGUGCUAAAGCCUUUAUCUGGAAGUCAAAUCUGAUUAGGCACCAGAGAAUACAUACGGGAGAGAAACCUUUUGAAUGCAAGGAGUGUGGCAAGGGCUUUAGUCAGAAUACAAGCCUUACACAACAUCAGCGAAUUCACACGGGGGAGAAACCAUACACAUGUAAGGAAUGUGGGAAAAGCUUCGCUCGCAACCCAGCCCUUCUUCGACACCAGAGAAUCCACACUGGGGAGAAGCCGUAUGAAUGUAAGGACUGUGGGAAAGGCUUCAUGUGGAACUCCGAUCUUGUUCAGCACCAGAGGGUGCACACUGGGGAGAAGCCUCAUGAAUGCACUGACUGUCGGAAAAGCUUCAUUUGCAAGGCGCACCUCAUCCGACAUCAGAGAAUCCAUACUGGGGAAAGACCCUACCGAUGUAAUGACUGUGGGAAAGCCUUCAGUCAGAACUCUGUCUUGAUAAAGCACCAGAGGCGCCACAUUAGAGAGAAAUCCUAUGACUGUCAGACCUCUCCUCUUCUUGAACAUUAGAGAAUACUUGUUUAUGAUUCUUAUGCUACUGGCACUCCAGAAACAAAAUAAGAUGCCCUUCCUUAAUAUCCUGUAUCCCUAGCCAACCUUUGUCCUUUCUGAACAGAUAGCAUGUAUUCUAGCAAGACUAUUUGGCCAUGUUUAUACUAGGUACUGAUUAUUUGAGCACCUACUCAAUAUCACAUUUUAGGCUAACUAUUUUACAU